GCCCAUCUCCCUCCUAUAUAUAGUCCAUCCGGGUUCUUCGAGAUGCUGUUUGGCGACUCGUCGCCAUUCCCGGUGCAGCUCGGCCUCGGCUCAGAGGCGAGUGUCGGUCGCUGUGUCGGAGACACCUGUCCCCGACACCAAGACAACCAGCCCUCUCCCUUGCCCCGCGGCGGGAGAGCGUGUCCGGCCGGCCGGCGGGGCUCGCGCACCCUCCCUCGCCUCCCCUUUCCCCGCAGCCUCCGCCCCGCCAGGCCCGGCCCGGACUCCGAGCUCCGGCCUCCUCCUCCUUCUCGUGUCACCGCUGCCACCGGGCUCAACAGCCCCGCCUGUCGCUUCUCUUCCCAAUUUGAGAAGCCAAGGAAGGAAACAAGGAAAAAUGUCGCCAUGAAGGCCGAGAACCGCUGCCGCCGCCGACCCCCGCCGGCCCCGAACGCCAUGAGCCUGGGUCCCCGCCGCGCCCGCUCCGCUCCGACCGCCGUCGCCGCCGAGGCCCCCGUUGAUGCCGCAGAGCUCCCCCAACGCUGCCGCCACCGCCUCCGACAUGGACAAGAACAGCGGCACCAGCAGCUCCUCCGCCUCUUCCGGCAGCAGCAAAGGGCAACAGCCGCCCCGCUCCGCCUCGGCGGGGCCUGCCGGCGAGUCUAAACCUAAGAGCGAUGGAAAGAACUCAAGUGGAUCCAAACGUUACAAUCGCAAACGUGAACCUUCCUACCCCAAAAAUGAAAGUUUUAGCAACCAGUCCCGUCGCUCCAAUUCACAGAAAAGCAAAACUUUUAAUAAGAUGCCUCCUCAAAGGGGCGGCGGCAGCAGCAAACUCUUUAGCUCUUCUUUUAAUGGUGGAAGACGAGAUGAGGUAGCAGAGGCUCAACGGGCAGAGUUUAGCCCUGCCCAGUUCUCUGGACCUAAGAAGAUCAACCUGAACCACUUGUUGAAUUUUACUUUUGAACCCCGUGGCCAGACAGGUCACUUUGAAGGCAGUGGACAUGGCAGCUGGGGCAAAAGGAACAAGUGGGGACAUAAGCCUUUUAAUAAGGAACUCUUUUUACAGGCCAACUGCCAGUUUGUGGUAUCUGAAGACCAAGACUACACAGCUCAUUUUGCUGAUCCUGAUACUUUAGUCAACUGGGACUUUGUGGAGCAAGUGCGCAUUUGUAGCCAUGAAGUGCCAUCUUGCCCAAUAUGCCUCUAUCCACCUACUGCAGCCAAGAUAACCCGUUGUGGACACAUCUUCUGCUGGGCCUGCAUCCUGCACUAUCUUUCACUGAGUGAGAAGACCUGGAGUAAAUGUCCCAUCUGUUACAGUUCUGUGCAUAAGAAGGAUCUCAAGAGUGUUGUUGCCACAGAGUCACGUCAGUAUGUUGUUGGUGAUACCAUUACAAUGCAGCUGAUGAAGAGGGAGAAAGGGGUGUUGGUGGCUUUGCCCAAAUCCAAAUGGAUGAAUGUAGACCAUCCCAUUCGUCUGGGAGAUGAACAGCACAGCCAGUACUCCAAGUUAUUGCUGGCCUCGAAGGAGCAGGUGCUGCACCGGGUAGUUCUGGAAGAGAAAGUAGCACUAGAACAACAGCUGGCAGAGGAGAAGCACACUCCCGAGUCCUGUUUUAUUGAGGCAGCUAUCCAGGAGCUCAAGACUCGGGAGGAGGCUCUAUCAGGAUUGGCUGAAAGCAAAGGGGCGGUCACUGGUGUCAUGGCUGCUCUAGAACAACUGGUGCUGAUGGCUCCCUUGGUGAAGGAGUCUGUUUUUCAACCCAGGAAGGGUGUGCUAGAGUAUCUGUCUGCUUUUGAUGAAGAAACCACAGAAGUUUGUUCUCUGGACUCCCCUUCUCGUCCUCUUACUCUCCCUCUGGUAGAGGAAGAAGAGGCAGUGUCCGAGCCAGAGCCUGAGGGGUUGUCAGAGGCCUGUGAUUACUCGGAGUUAACAGAUGACAGUCUUGGGGAAGGGACCAUUUGUAUUGAGUCCAGCCAGCAGGAACCUGUCACCAAGCCAGGCUUCACACACCUGAGCAGUUCUCCUUGUUACUACUUCUACCAAGCGGAAGAUGGGCAGCACAUGUUCCUGCACCCCGUGAAUGUGCGCUGCCUCGUGCGGGAGUAUGGCAGCCUGGAGCGGAGCCCUGAGAAGAUAUCAGCUACAGUGGUGGAGAUUGCUGGGUACUCCAUGUCUGAGGUAAGGGCGCCGAGCCGGUUUGCUUCUUUACAACCUGACCAAUUCACAGAUGACAUUGAGAAGAGGAAACGUCAGCGCCAAAAGAAGGCUCGAGAGGAACGCCGUCGAGAGCGCAGGAUUGAGAUGGAAGAGAAUAAGAAACAGGGCAAGUAUCCAGAAGUCCACAUUCCCCUAGAGAAUUUACAGCAGUUUCCUGCCUUCAAUUCCUAUACUUGCUCCUCUGAUUCUGCUUUGGGUUCCACCAGCACUGAGGGCCGUGGAGCCCUCUCUCUUUCUCCUCUUAGCAGAAGUCCAGGUUCCCAUGCAGACUUUCUGCUGACCUCUCUGUCACCCACUGCUGGUCAGGGCAGUCCCUCAUUCUGCGUUGGGAGUCUGGAAGAAGACUCUCCUUUCCCUUCCUUUGCUCAGAUGCUGAGGGUUGGAAAAGCAAAAGCAGAAGUGUGUCCCAAAACUUCUCCAAAGAAAGAUGAGAACAGCCUAGUUCCUCCUGCCCCUGUGGACAGUGAUGGGGAGAGUGAUAACUCAGACCGUGUUCCUGUGCCCAGUUUCCAAAAUUCCUUCAGCCAAGCUAUUGAAGCAGCCUUCAUGAAACUGGACACACCAGCUUCUUCAGAUCCCCUCUCUGAAGAGAAAGGAGGGAAGAAAAGAAAAAAACAGAAACAGAAGCUCCUGUUCAGCACUUCAGUUGUCUACACCAAGUGACUCUACUGGCCCAGGCUACCUUCUCCAUCUGGAUUUCUUUUUUCUGUGCUUUUGUUUGGCUGCUGUAAUUUUUAAGUAUUUGAGUUUGAACAGAUUAGCACUGGGGGGAGGGGGUUUCCACAUUGUGAGGGGGAACCAAGAAAAUUUUAAAUACAGUGUAUUUUCCAGCUUCCCGUCUUUACACCAAAAUAAAGUAUUGACACUCACAAGAGAUCUCUUCCUGACAAGGUUUUUAGUUUGUUGCCAGGUUAGUCUUUUUGACCUAUAGCAAAUUAAUUUUUCUCAACCCAAAAUAAGUUUGAGUCCCUUUGUCAUCCCUUGGAGCAGCCCAAACCAGAAUGGUACAGCACUGCUUUGCUGUAGCAUCAUGUGUCAGGGCUUCUUGGUUUUAACACAUCUGUCAGUUUGUCUUUUAAAAAUGGUUGAAUCUUUCCUACCUGUUCAGUUCUCCUUGUUCCAGAAAGAGGGAUGGGAAUAAAAUGGAUUUAGGACA